AAACUGGGCGUGCUGGGGUUUGAAAACUAGUAUGGAGGAGGCUGAGCUUCCGCCGGACUGUAGGAACUCGAUGGAGCAGCGGGUCGCGUGUGUCCCCGACUGCUGAGCACUCGCCGCUUGCACUCCCGCCGCGCGGCCGUAAGGCCAUGCUGUCUUCCCGCGUGGCGCGCGGCGCGUGCGGGGCCCUGCGCGGAGCCGUCUGGGCGCCGGGGGCGCGGCCGGCCCGGGGACGUGCCCGCGGAGCCCCGCUGCGGCCCGCGCCCGGCUGCCUGGGCUGCGUGGCGGAGCGCUGGUGGCCGCGUCCACCCGCGCUGGGCCUGCGGCCGCCCGGGACCAACAAACGAGACCACUGCACCGGCGCGGGGAAGGCGGCCCCCGGGCCCGCGGCUGGAGGCACCGCGGCCGCCGCCGCCGAGGCCCGGGAGCGGUGGAGCUUGAGGAGCGCGGCCAGCCUGUAUGAAAACCCAUGGACAAUCCCAAAUAUGUUGUCAAUGACAAGAAUUGGCUUGGCCCCAGUUUUGGGCUAUUUGAUUAUUGAAGAAGAUUUUAAUGUUGCCCUAGGAGUUUUUGCUUUAGCUGGGCUAACUGAUUUGUUGGAUGGAUUUAUUGCUCGAAACUGGGCCAGUCAAAAAUCAGCUUUGGGAAGUGCUCUUGAUCCACUUGCUGAUAAAAUACUUAUCAGUAUCUUAUAUAUUAGCUUGACCUAUGCAGACCUUAUUCCAGUUCCACUUACUUAUAUGAUAAUUUCAAGAGAUGUCAUGUUGAUUGCUGCUGUUUUUUAUGUCAGAUAUCAAACUCUUCCAACACCGCGAACACUUUCUAAGUAUUUCAAUCCUUGCUAUGCCACUGCUAGAUUAAAACCAACUUUCAUCAGCAAGGUAAACACAGCAGUGCAGUUAAUCUUGGUGGCAGCUUCUUUGGCAGCUCCAGUUUUCAAUUAUGCUGACAGCAUUUAUCUUCAAAUACUGUGGUGUUGUACAGCUUUCACCACAGCUGCAUCAGCUUACAGUUACUACCAUUAUGGUCGGAAGACUGUUCAGGUAAUAAAAGGCAGAUGAAGAUUACGCAUCAUCAUUAAGGAGGAAGCGAUAUACAUCGGCGGCGGCAGAGCCAAUGGAAAUGCACAGGAUUUUCCCUGUUUUGGUGUUCAGCUUGAAAAAGGACUUGUCAGUACAAACCAUGUCAUCAAAAUUUAAGUAAUGUGCAUCAAAAAUAAGCUUGAUCAUGGGCAUAUGCAAAAUUUGCAAUGUAUUUUUAAAUACAAAUAAAACUCUAUAAUUUAGA